UCUCUUUGUCACAUGACGUUGCUGUACCCAGUCACCGGCGAGAGGCCGAGCAGGCACCACGGCCGCCAUUAAAGAAAGGAAUCUGUAAAUUCAAAUGGGAACGCUGCCCCGACACUGAUCCGAUUAUUUAUUAUCACCCCUCAGCGCCCAUUGCCGGGGCUUCCCCUCAGGAGAGGCCGCGGGCGGCAGGAAGAGCGGGCAGCGGCGGCGAGCUGUGUGUGUGCGCAGGAGGAGAGGCGCAGGGAGGAGGAGGAGGAGGCGGAGGAGAGGAGGAAAAUGGCGAACCUGUGAGAGAAGGAGCCGACAAACACCCAGGGAAUGUCUCCGUCCAGCUAAUCCCGGGCACCCAACGCUACCCGGCGACACCCAACAACUCCGGCCCGGGCCCAGCGGCCUUCCCAGUGCUCCGGUGACCGGGCGGUUCCCGCCAUGCUCUGCGCCCCGAGCUGGGGGACCAGCGGCGGGGGAGGGAGGACUGAGACACCGCCCGGAUCCCGGCGCCUGUAACGCCCGGACGCCGCGCUCGCCCCUCUCCCUAGAAGCUGCUACUGCAAGCAUUGUGUGACCCCCGGGCGGUGAUCCGCUUCGUUCUGCCCCCAGGUGACCCCGGCCGCCGGGUGCCGCUGGCUGCGAUGAUGGUGUAGUUCCCGGGGAGGUGACUGCUUAGUGCGUGCAGCGUCGGCUGCUGGUCCUGCCGAGUCUCUUUCUUGUUCGGGGUGGGAUAAUGGCGGGUGUCCCCUGGCUGUGAGGAUGAGUUCAUGCUUUGUGCCGAACGGGGCCAGUCUGGAGGAUUGCCACUCCAACCUCUUCUGCCUGGCUGAUCUAACAGGGAUCAAAUGGAAGCAGUAUGUAUGGCAAGGUCCUACUUCUGCUCCAAUCCUCUUUCCGGUGACAGAAGAGGAUCCCAUUUUGAGCAGCUUCAGUCGAUGUCUGAAAGGUGACGUGUUAAGUGUAUGGCGACGAGAUCAGCGUCCUGGAAGAAGGGAACUGUGGAUAUUUUGGUGGGGAGAUGAUCCAAAUUUUGCCGAUCUAAUUCAUCAUGACUUGACAGUGGAGGAAGAUGGUAUUUGGGAUAAUGGACUUUCCUAUGAUUGUCGUACUCUGCUAUUCAAAGCAAUCCACAAUCUGCUGGAGAGAUGCUUAAUGAACCGUAAUUUUGUGCGUAUUGGGAAAUGGUUUGUGAAGCCAUAUGAGAAGGAUGAGAAACCAGUUAAUAAAAGUGAGCAUUUGUCUUGCUCAUUUUCCUUCUUCCUACAUGGAGACAGCAAUGUUUGCACAAGUGUGGAAAUUAACCAGCACCAACCAGUGUACCUUCUUAGUGAGGAGCACCUUAAUCUAGCCCAGCAGUCCAGUAGCCCAUUUCAAGUUAUCUUAAGUCCAUUUGGCUUAAAUGGCACACUCACAGGGCAGUCGUUUAAAAUGUCUGACUCUGCUACCAAGAAAUUGAUUGGUGAAUGGAAGCAGUUUUAUCCCAUUUCAUCCAGUGUAAAAGAGUGUCCAGAUGAAAAGCAGGAAGAAAUGGAUUGGGAGGAUGAUUCAUUGGCAGCUGUUGAAGUACUAGUUGCUGGUGUUCGAAUGGUAUAUCCAGCAUGCUUUGUGCUAGUCCCGCAGUCAGACAUCCCUACAGCCAGCUCAUCUGGGUCCACUCAUUGUUCAAACACCUGUUUAGGUGUUCAAGUGCCUGCUUCUGCCAGAGAUCCGGCCAUGUCUUCAGUAACUCUGACGCCACCAACAUCCCCAGAAGAAGUUCAAACAGUUGAUGUCCAGUCAACACAAAAGUGGAUGAAGUUUCCUUCAGUGUCAGACUGUUUUAAUUCUGAUAGUACGAGUCAUCAUGGUGGAAAAAUACCAAGAAAAUUGGCUAACCAGGUUGUUGAUAGAGUUUGGCAAGAAUGCAACAUAAAUAGAUCCCAGAACAAGAGGAAAUAUUCCGCUUCCGCAAAUGGGGUGUGUGAGGAAGAGACAUCAGAUAUUGUUGCUACCUGGGAUUUUGUAGAAGCUACACAAAGAACAACUUGUGUCUGUUCAAGGCACAAAAAUCUUAAGCAGAGGAAUUUAGGUCAACCAGGGCAGGUGGCACCUGCAGGAACCCAGCAACAAGCAGCUCAAAAGCACAAGACUAAUGAUAAGCAGGAAAAAAGUGACAAACCUCAAAAGCGGCCACUGACUCCAUUUCAUCAUCGUGCAUCUCUUGGUGAUGAUGUUAAUAUGGAGACAGACACUGCAAGUCAGAGACUUGGUAUUCGUUCCCAAGACAGUAGAGGACGUUUCUCAAAUAUCCGGCCCAGUGAUGUAGCUAAAACACCACAACUGCAUGCCAAUGAAAUGGGAAACUCUCCUCCACCUCCUCCUCUGAGUCCUCAUCCUUGUGAGGUUUUAGAUGAUGGGGGUGAAACUAUAAAAAACCCAUCAACUCCUCAGAGUCAGCAUUUCUAUCAAAUGCCAACGCCUGAUCCACUGAUUCCAGCAAAAUCAAUAGAUGAACGAAUAGAUGGCUUGUCUCAGACCUUUGUUCCAGCUUUCGCUGAAGUUCUUGAACAAACUGUAUAUGUUGGCACUGCAGUUAAUUUGGAGGAAGGUGAAACGGACAGCACUUGGAAAUACUACAAGGUCCCAAAGAAAAAGGAAUCUGAGUUCCACCCUCCAUCACUUCCAAAUGAUAAACUGAGAGAAGAUGCUUUUGGUAUUUCUGGAAAGGAGAAUAGUACUUCUGUCACAGAGUUAAUGAUGCAUUGUAAAAAACCUUUAAAGAUUGCAGAAGAAUUGCUCAACAAGUAUCGAAGUAUAAACCAGUACAUCCCAUCAGCUGUAUUGGACGCUGAUCACAAGCCAGAUCCUUAUGCUUUUGUUGAUGAGGAGUUUGUGUUUUCUGAUGCCAAAAAGGAACGACCAGCCACUGAAAGAGAAGUGGGGAAAAAACACAAGGCAGAAGAAGGGAUAUCUGGCGGAGAGGUGUUAACACAAGAAGGUGAAGAUGCUAUGUCAUUGUUCAGUCCAUCAGUUAAACAAGAUCCUCAGCGAUCAUCUGCUCAUGCCCGUACAGCAUCAACUAGUCUCUUUCAUGAAACAGACCUUGUGGUUUCUUACACAGAUCUGGACAACCUUUUCAAUUCUGAUGAAGAUGAUCUCACGCCUGGAUCGAAGAGAACCCAUAACACCGAUGACAAGAACAGCAAAGACUCAAAAUCUGGAAACUUGGACCCUCUCUCAUGCAUAAGUACAGUUGAUCUUCAUAAAAUGUAUCCUACUCCUCCGUCUCUGGAACAGCACUUCAUGGGAUUUUCUCCUAUGAACAUGAACAGCAAAGACUACGGCAAUAUGGACACUACACUAGGUGGCACAACACUUGACGGAAUAACUGCCCAGUUCAAAAUAGAAAUUGAUGAAGGAUUCUGUAGCCCAAAACCUUAUGAAAUUAAGGAUUUUUCCUAUGUAUACAAACUGGAAACAUGUCAAGGGAUGGUGGGGUGCUCCAUGUUUGCUCCUUUAAGAACUCUACCUAGCCAAUGUUUGCCACCCAUCAAACUGCCAGAUGACUGCAUUUACCGUCCCAGUUGGACAGUAGGGAAACUAGACCUCCUUCCACCUGUACCUACAAUGCCUUUCAUCAAAGAUGGGAAUAUUUCUAGUGUCAGCAGUGCAAUUGAUCAAGAAUAUGUUCAAAGCUACACACCACAAACGCAUACACCGUUUGGGAUGUCAAAUAGUGCCCCUCCAAGCAAUGGAGGAGCAGGCAUCCUUCCUUCUCCUGCCACACCUCGCUUUUCCGCUCCUACUCCACGAACCCCAAGAACGCCCCGUACUCCAAGAGCAGGUGGUGGACCAGCCAGUGUUCAGGGGUCUGUAAAAUAUGAGAACUCAGAUUUGUACUCUCCAGCAUCCACACCAUCAACAUGCCGGCCUUUGAACUCUGUAGAACCAGCAACUGUUCCAUCAAUCCCAGAGGCCCAUAGCCUUUAUGUCAACCUUAUUCUCUCAGAAUCUGUGAUGAAUCUUUUCAAGGAUUGCAAUUUUGACAGCUGCUGUAUCUGUGUAUGCAACAUGAACAUUAAAGGAGCUGAUGUUGGCGUGUAUAUCCCUGAUCCUACCCAAGAAAUACAGUACCGUUGUACAUGUGGGUUUAGUGCAGUGAUGAAUCGAAAGUUCGGCAACAACUCUGGCUUAUUUUUGGAGGAUGAGUUGGAUAUCAUUGGUCGACAUACAGAUUGUGGUAAAGAGGUGGAAAAACGCUUUGAUGCCAUAAGAGCUGCAGGAACAGAUCAUGGGAUAUUAAAGGAUCCUGAUAAAAUGCCAGAUGAGUUGAUACUACUACUACAUGAUCAGUGCACUAAUUUAUUCUCUCCGUUUGGAAUUAUGGCAGAAGAGCCCAUAGCCAAAACCAGCAUUGUGAGUUAUGCAGCACGUGUUGAAGAACAGGACUGUUGUAAUGAUUGCUACCUGGCACUGGAGCACGGCCGACAGUUUAUGGAUAAUAUGUCUGGAGGCAAAGUUGAUGAAGCACUUGUGAGAAGUUCUUGCUUACACUGUUGGUCUAGAAGAAAUGCUAUUGACUCAAGCAAACAAUGUUCUCAAGAUAUCCUUCGUAUGCUUCUUUCAUUGCAACCUGUGUUACAAGAUGCAGUCCAGAAAAAGCGAACAGUCCGGUCUUGGGGUGUGCAGGGACCUUUAACAUGGCAACAGUUUCACAAGAUGGCUGGGCGUGGCUCAUAUGGAACGGAUGAAUCACCAGAACCACUGCCAAUUCCUACAUUUUUGGUUGGUUAUGACUACGAUUUUCUGGUGCUUUCUCCAUUUGCCUUGCCUUACUGGGAAAGACUGAUGCUGGAACCAUAUGGAUCUCAACGUGAUAUUGCUUAUGUUGUGGUAUGUCCAGAAAAUGAAGCUCUGCUAAACGGAGCCAAGAGUUUUUUUCGGGAUCUUACUGCAAUGUAUGAGUCUUGUAGACUUGGGCAGCAUCGAGCAAUUUCCAAACAACUAACAGAUGGCAUAAUGCGAGUUGGUACCACUGCAUCAAAAAAAGUUUCAGAGAAGACUGUUGCAGAGUGGUUUUCUCAGGCAACUAAUGGCAGCAAUGAAGCAUUUACCAAACUGCGACUCUAUGCACAAGUGUGCAAAUACGAGCUAGGUCCAUAUCUUGCUUCUCAACCACUGGACAGUUCUUUACUCUGCCAACCUAACCUUGCACCCCCUGUUAGUCAGGGUGCUUCCACUCAAGCUCUUUCAACAGCCAACACUGGUAACCCUAGCACUCCUUCCUCUAUGACCCCUGCCCCAACAAGUAACUCAUCAACAUCAACUCCGAACAGCGCUCUGCCUUCUGCAAGUGCAGCAGGCCUCACUGCACCUACAAACGUGGCUAACGUCUUACCAGGAAACAAAACUACUAGCUUUCCCCCCUAUGGGAGCAUAAACAACACCACUAAUGCAAUCCCAGCGCAAGUCAAUUCUGUCCAGAAUAAUCAAGCAGGGCAGCAGCAACAGAACCCACAACAAACCACUGUAAUGUCAAGUGAACAGGCAGCAGCUGCUGCUGCUGCAGCUACAGAGAUUACGGAAAGCACCAUGGAUCGGGAUAAAGUUGGCGUUCCAACUGAUGGGGAAUCUCACGCCAUUACCUAUCCACCAGCUAUGGUGGUUUACAUUGUUGAUCCUUUCACUUAUGAAAAUAAAGAUGAGGGUUCCAAUUCGUCUAGUGUGUGGACUUUGGGGCUUCUCCGCUGUUUCUUGGAAAUGUUGCACAUUCUCCCACCACACCUGAGAAAUACAGUUUCUGUACAGAUUGUUCCUUGUCAGUAUCUUCUGCAACCAGUGAAACAUGAGGAUCGUCAAAUUUAUACCCAGCAUUUAAAGUCCCUAGCUUUUUCAGUGUUCACCCAGUGUCGUCGACCACUUCCAUGCUCAACAAAUGUGAAAACUCUAACUGGAUUUGGGCCAGGUUUAGCCAUUGAAAAUGCUCUUAAAAGUCCUGAAAGGCCUGAAUGUAUUAGACUCUACACGCCUCCAUUUAUUCUGGCUCCCGUCAAAGAUAAGCAAACAGAGCUUGGGGAAACAUUUGGAGAGGCUGGUCAAAAAUACAAUGUCCUCUUCCUUGGCUAUUGCUUAUCUCAUGAUCAAAAGUGGCUCCUGGCUUCUUGCACAGACCUCUAUGGAGAGCUCUUGGAAACAUGCAUUAUAAACAUUGAUGUGCCAAACAGAGCUCGGAGGAAAAAAGGCUCAGCUCGCCGCAGUGGUCUUCAAAAGUUGUGGGAAUGGUGCCAAGGACUUGUACAGAUGAGCUCUUUGCCGUGGAGGGUUGUCAUUGGUCGUUUAGGAAGGAUAGGCCAUGGAGAGCUGAAAGAUUGGAGCAGUCUGUUGAGUCGUCGCAAUCUACAGUCACUGAGCAAGAAGUUGAAGGACAUGUGUUGGAUGUGUGGCAUAUCGGCUGCAGAUUCUCCCAGCAUUCUGAGUGCUUGUUUGGUGGCAAUGGAGCCACAAGGCUCAUUUGUGAUUAUGCCAGAUUCUGUGUCAACGGGUUCAGUGUUUGGUCGUAGCACCACACUUACCAUGCAGACUUCUCAAUUAAAUACCCCACAGGACACAUCGUGCACUCAUAUUCUGGUUUUCCCUACGUCUGCAUUUGUGCAGGUAGCAUCUGCGAGCAACACAAAUGAGAAUCUCUUCAGUUCAAAUAAUGAUGGACCAGAUGGCAUGGGAAUAUUUGAUGUUCUAGACACAGCUGAUGACUUGGAUCCAGAUAUUAUAAACAUUUUUCCUGCUUCGCCCGGUGGAUCCCCAGGCCAUUCACCAGGCUCUCAUUACCCUCAUUGUGUUGAUGUUGGCAAGGGUCAAGGUACCGAUAGAUUGUUGUCCACAGAAUCUCACGAUGAAGUGACCAACAUCUUACAGCAACCUUUGGCACUGGGUUACUUUGUUUCAACUGCCAAAGCUGGUCCAUUGCCUGACUGGUUUUGGUCAGCAUGUCCUCAAGCACAAAAUCAGUGUCCACUGUUUCUUAAGGCCUCUCUGCACCUUCAUGUGCCUUCAGUGCAAUCAGAUGAGUUGCUGCACAGCAAACACUCACACCCACUGGAUUCAAAUCAGACUUCAGAUGUCCUCAGGUUUGUUUUGGAACAGUAUAAUGCCCUCUCCUGGCUAACCUGUGAUCCUGCAACUCAAGACAGGCGUUCAUGUCUGCCGGUUCAUUUUGUGGUGCUGAACCAGUUGUAUAACUUUAUCAUGAAUAUGCUGUGAUAGUCAUCAGGAAAUCUGCAAGGAGCAAGAGGCUUUUUUUAUCGAAUUGCAGGACUUUGAAAUCAUUUGUUUUCUCUCAAGCCACUCAGUACACAGAAUCAGCCUUUCCACCAGUCUGCGUUUCCAACCUUGCUUCAUUUUCAAAAUCAGACUCUUCAGAUUUGGAUUUUUGCUUUACAGUGUGGAAACCAGUUCUACUUUGAAAGUCUCCCCGAACACUGCUAAUCAUCUCCAGUCUCAGUAUUUGGUCUAAGAUUCUGUAUGCCUGCUGGCAUCAAGUUGAAUGGAAAAAGCUUGGGAAUGUCUUUAAGAAACGAUGAGGCAUUUCACCCUUUGACUUUUAAACAUCACAAAGAUGUUGUGUGGAUUAUAAAACCUAUUAUCAAUAUACAGAAAAAAUGCCUGCAUCUCUUAUUUAUUGUAAGUUUUUAAAUGUAUAAAUUGUCUUAUAUUUCUUAACCUCUUUUAUAAAAGCAAAACACUUUUUUCCUAGAAGGUUUAUACUGCCUUCUUGCUUUAAAGCAAUUGGUUUAAAAUAUAUGUACUCGUCUUAAUUAAAAGUUGCAGUAGGUUGCUUUUAGAGUAUUAUUUUUUUGUAAGUGGGUGGGAGACCUAAAACUUUGUAUUGUUUGAUGUACAGUAAAGGGGAAUAGAGAAGCUAAUGUACAUGCCAUUGUGUGUGGGGGAUUCACAGCUAAGCUGUUGCUGCAAAGUACAUGUACAAUAAUGAUCUACACUGUGUUUAUACAUUUGAAAAAGGUACCGGGUCUUAAAAAAUUUUAUAAUCACACUUCAACAACCCUAAUGGCAAUAUAUCAUUUAAUAUUGUAGGUGGUUUAACCUGUAGUGACAAAUAAAACUUCAGUUUCAUUUUUGUAAUUUAGUUCAGGGCUGUGACUGCUUUGUUAGAUUUGUUGCUACAGACAGCAGUUUCUUUGUAUUAGUGAACAAAAUUGCCUUUAUAUGCCCCCACCCAAAUGAUAGAAAAUUGGAUUUUUCAGUUUUUCCAAUGGCUGGUCAACAUUGAAUGCAAAUAGGAAAAUGUGACUAUUUCAUCUAUUAAAUCAUGCUCGGCUUACGCCAUAUAGAAGUGCAAGCAGUCAACCUGAGGUUCUAACAGUGGUGUUAUGGUGCAGUGUACAUAGACUCUCACACUGGUUGGUUGAUGGGAUUCCUAAUUUUGUUAUCCAUUCUUGAUCUUUUAAAUCUGUAUUAUCUUGAAUACUUCCUCUAUUCACAGUACCUGGAAAUGAGUGAAUUAUAUUCCGAAAACCUCACUAUUUUUUAAGUUUGUAAAUACAGAGUAUUUACCUUUAACACUCAUAGUUACAUGGAGGAAUCCAGUUUGCAUUUUGUGUGCGUGUGUGUAUGUAUAUAUAUAUACAUAGAUAUAUAUAUAUAUAUAUAUAUAUAAAUAAAUAUUUAAGAAAAUAUCAAUUUUGUUUAAAAUUAAACACUUGGUGACAAAAGCUUUCAGACAUUCUUUCAAACCCGUGCAAUCAAAAAGUAUUUUACUUCAGAAAUCUCUAUUUUUUAUUUUAUUCUUUUUUUUCUGAUUGAUUGUUUCCUAAGGGUAAUUUGAAUGCCUUGGGAAAUAAGUUGGCAUUUAUCUUGGUUAAGAUUUCUGUGGGAUAAAGAUGUUUUCUGAUGUGUUGAAAAUUUUCAAGUCUGUAAUUAAAUCGGUCAUAUUUUUAUUGAU